CACGGAGUGAAACGGCGUGAGGAGUUGGAUAGACGAGUCGGAAGGAGAGCUUUGAACGCAGAUUGCUGGUUCAAGCCCCACCACUGCCAACUUGCCCCUGCGCAAGGCCCUUUUGCUCAGCCCCCAAUUGCUGAAGUUGUACUCAGUCAUAAUUGGAAGUUCCUUUGGAUAAAAGCGUCAGAUAUCCAGUGUAAAUCCCACUGAUUCCCUUUAGUACUCAGUUUGACCUGGGAAGAAGAAUGUGAUUCACCUUUCCUUUAUUAGAAUUCUCGUCCAGUCAUGGGUUCCGUUGAGGACGUCUUCAGGGACCUCUCCGUCGCCAGACGUCUGCAGCCGGCUGACCCCUCGUAUGUCUUGGACCUAGCGCUGCCGUCCACUUGUGGCAGUACUUCUGCCCCAGGCUCCGAGCUGCUAGCCGUGUGCUGUUCCAGUCACUCAGUACGCCUACACAGCAGAGAGACCCUCCGCGUCUGCGGAGAGUAUGAGGGCCACGAGGGGACCGUGUUUGGGGUGCGUUUCUCGCCGUCCUCCCCUCACCUGUUGUUCACGGGCUCUGCCGACGGGACGCUGCGCUCCUGGGACGUCCGUCAGCCUGGUUCUGCUGCCGCUCGGGUGUUCCAGAGUGAUCUGGAACAUUCCUACUGCUCCUUCGACGUGAGCUGCAACGGUGGCGUGCUGUGUGCAGGCACGGAGCAGGUGGACGAGGACAGCUUCUUGGUGUUCUGGGACGUGCGCAUGGCUGGCACCACCCACGAGGCCGGAGGCGAGCGUGAACGCAUGCUGGGUGUGUACUCCGAGUCGCACAGUGAUGACAUCACGGCAGUGUGUUUCCACCCAGCACGGGCAGACAGGGUGGCAACCGGGGCCACCGAUGGUCUGGUGAAUGUGUUCGAUCUGAGUUUGGGAAUGGAGGAUGAUGCCCUCGUCACUACCUGUAACUGCGACUCCUCCACUAGUGCCCUCUGCUGGUCAGGUAAAAAUCUUGACCAACUUUUGUGUCUGAGUCAUGAUGAAGGCCUCCAUCUGUGGGACCUGGCGCGGCUAGACAGUGAUGAGCCCUUUACCCUGCUUAGCUCACCUGAUGCAAGAACCCUCGUCUCUCUUCCUGAAGGGACAUCGCUGGACUACUUUGUCGGAGGAGCAUGGCUAAAAGAGGCGGGUCAUCUCCUCCUACUGGGUGGAGCCAAUACUGGAGACCUCCACCUCCUGGACUGCAGGGGGAGUGGCUUGAGGCUGAUAAAGUCGCUGAAAGGAGGACAUUCUGCAAUUGUAAGGUGCUUCCAGUGGGACGCCAUUGGUGGAGCUUUGUUGACGGGCGGGGAGGACGGCAAACUCUUGCAGUGGAAGGCAGGAGCAGAGGAGAUCAGCGUAGGGAAGAGAGACACACUUAAAAGUGUCUCAUCCAUGCAUCUUAAAAUAAAAGCACACAGAAAGCUUGCCAACAAAAAAGACAAACAACAGACUACAACAGUGAUAUCAACAGUGUGAUAUCACCAAUACAAUCAUGUAGACAAGUUACCAUUUUUAUUUGUACCUCUUUUCUCCAAAAAGCUCAAAAUGUUUACAGUUUUAUGGAUUUUUUUUUUUAUAAACAGUAAAAUAUUUUCACAAGCUGUACACAUAUGUGCAAGGAACUGCUAUAUUUGACCUCUGCCUACCACCAUGAGCAUGCUUUAUGAGCUAUGUUUUGUCUCUUAACAAGCUGGUGUUAUGUAAAGGAAACUUCUCGCCCUCAGCAUGGUCAGAAUAUACGAGAACCAGGCUGUCCUACAGCACAGAAGUGGCUUCUCGCUUUUCUAUGAAGAGAACAGUCUGUGUGCCUGUUCGCCAGGGCACAAGACCGCCUUGCUUCCUCUGACACAUCCCUUACGAACAAAAAGGCACCUGCAGAUGAGGACAGCAACGUCAAGCUGGAGACUGUUCAGGGUCCAAGGCUGCCCGCCUAAUUAGAGGUAAGGGAGGUACUGCACUUGGGCCGCUGGCAUGGAAGAGCGUGGAGGGGGAGAUGGAUCUGUGACGAAAGUUGGAGGGAUUCGGCCACUUGUGCACGAUACAGACUUGGCAUUGCGAGCAUACUGAAAUAUGCUUUGCAAUAUAUCAAACACUUGGGUGGACCUUUGAUUGCAUGAUUAAAAGUUGGACUGCAUUACUUUAA